CACCAAUGUAUUGAUUAGAAUCAGUGUAAAGUUGGUAAACCUGGCAAAGCGCUGCCUGACAUACAGAACUCAGGGAAGUAUUUUACCCAUGAUGACGACAUUCUACAUCCGCUCUCUACGUUUUCGCUCGCUGUCUUGGCGCGAGACUUGUCCGACAGAAGAGGAAACCUCUAACCAACAACAAUAACUUCUGGAAAAGCUUUAACUUUAUACACCGACGGCAGCUGAACACGGAACCUGUCGAUUAACAGCGUUUAAUCAAUCUGGCUGUCUGAUGCUGUUUGGACAUAAUCAGGAUGAAUUGCGAUCUUUUGGCAACGUGCAGUGCUCUGGGCUAUCUGGAGGGAGACACCUAUCACAAGGAAGCUGAAUGCUUAGAGAGUGUGAAAGACUUGAUCAGGUAUUUACGCCAUGAAGAUGACACACGUGACGUCCGCCAGCAACUCGGUGCUGGCCAGAUUGUACAGAACGACCUUCUACCUAUCAUCAUCCAGCAUGGACAAGACAAGGCCUUAUUUGAUGCCUGCAUCAGGCUCAUGGUCAACCUUACUCAACCUGCCAUGCUCUGCUUCGGUAAAGUCCCCGAUGACCCAGUGUUCAGACAUCACUUUUUGGAAGUGACUGCUCAUUUACAAGCCUGUAAAGAGGCAUUUGCCAGCGAAGCAGUGUUUGGCAUUUUAAGUGAGACAUUAUACACGCUUCUACAACUGGACUGGGAGCAGAGACAGGAGGAGGAUAACCUGCUGAUAGAGAGAAUGCUGCUGCUGGUCAGAAACGUGCUUCAUGUUCCUGCGGACCCCUGUGAAGAGAAGAAAGUAGAUGAUGAUGCCAGCAUCCAUGACAGGCUGCUGUGGGCCAUUCACAUGAGCGGUUUCGAUGACCUGAUCAAAUUCCUGGCGUCGGCCCAGAGUGAGCAGCAGUGGAGUAUGCAUGUGUUGGAAAUAAUCUCCCUCAUGUUCAGAGACCAGACGCCUGAAGCUUUGGUGAGCGCCGGCCAGGCUCGUUCAGCAGAGGAGAAGAACAGAGACGGUCUGGAGCUGGAGGCACUGAGGCAGAAGGAACACGCUGCAAAACGCUCCCGCACAUUUCAGAGAGGAACCAGACACUCUCGCUUUGGAGGCUCCUAUGUUGUGCAAGGCCUCAAGGCGAUUGGGGACAAUGAUGUGAUUUAUCACAGAAAUAUUCAUAAUUUCAAAAACCAUACUCAUGACAGCGGCAAAGCAGUGAGACGUGUUCCCAAAAGGUAUCGACAGGCUCGGGAAUGUAAGGACAAACGGCGCUCCGCCUUAAACGUCCGACUCUUCCUGCAAGAGUUUUGCGUGGACUUCUUGGAGAACUGCUACAAUCGCCUCAUGUACCUUGUCAAGGAAAGUCUAAGUCGAGAGCAAACUCAGCAACACGAUGAGACGUACUACCUCUGGGCGCUCAGCUUUUUCAUGGCUUUCAACCGCGGCAACGGUUUCCGCGCUGACUUAGUUUCUGAGACCAUGUCCAUCCGGGCUUUCCAUUACAUUGAACGAAACAUCACCAACUACUAUGAGAUGCUUCUUACAGAUCGCAAAGAGGCCACGUCCUGGUCUCGCAGGAUGCACCUGGCACUUAAGGCAUAUCAGGAGCUGCUGCUAACUGUAAACGAGAUGGACCGCUCACAGGAUGAAAGCAUCCGUCAGAGUUCCAGCGUUAUUAAAAGCAACAUCUUUUACCUGAUGGAGUACAGGGAGAUUUUCGUGACCCUGCUCAGGAAAUAUGAUGAAACCAAGCAGCCUCACUCCUACCUCGUAGACUUGGUGGAGUCCACUCAUCUCUUCAUGCGCAUGUUGGAGCGCUUCUGCAAAGGGCGCAAUAACUUGAUGGUUCAGAAAAAGAAAGUUAGGCGGAGAAAGUCUCAGGGUAAAAAAAAGCCCCCGGCUCCAGAUACCAGUCCGGAGGCUCUGGUAGAGAGCUGGAAGAUUGUGGAGGAAGAGCUGAAGGCUUUAGGCUUUCAGUUGUCGGAGUCUUUAACUGAAGGCAUCGUGCCAUUUGACGCCACAUCUGAAACUCCACUUGAGGACCAGAGGACGGAGGCCAUGGUGCGGGUGCAGGAUGCGCUGCUAGUUCGCACGGGACCGGAGGCGCUGGGGAUGCUGCGAGCUGCCAGGGAGGUGUGGCCAGAGGGAGAUGUGUUUGGUUCAGCUGAUGUUGACCCCGAGGAGGAGCUGGAACUUCUUAAGCAGAUCCUGUAUGCGAAUUUGCCAAGGACCUCUCCUCCUGAGCCUGUGGCAGAGGAGUAUGAGGAGGAUGCAGCAGAGUUAGAAGAGGAAGAGAUGGAGUCUAUCCAGGUGUCUGAAAAAGAGUUUGACUUUCUAGACUUUAUCAAGAGGUUUGCCCAGCCCACUAUUGUGCGUCCAUACCUCCUCUUAUUAAAGACAUAUUCAAAAAACACACCUCACACAAACCACUGCAUCGCCCGAAUGCUGCACCGCCUGGCUGUCGACCUCAAAAUGGACGCCCAGCUUUUUCAGCUGUCAGUCUUCAACCUUUUCAACAAGAUCCUGAGUGACCCGGCUGCAGCUGCUUACAGGGAACUCGUGACCUUUGCCAAGUUUGUGCUCAACCGAUUCUUCUCCCUGGCAGCGAAAAACAACAAGGCAUAUGCUGAGCUGCUGUUCUGGAAGAAUGUGGGUGCUGUGCGUGAGAUGACCGAAGGAUACAGCAAAGAAGGAGAGGAAAAGAGACCGGCAUGGACUGAAGAGGAGGAAGAGGAGUUGCGCAACCUCUUUGAGGAGCACCGUGAUUCUGAAGUGCCAGAUGUAGUGGAGACGCUGCUGCCGUUACUCAGCAACAGCAACCGCACCCGGCGCCAGGUGGUGACGCAGCUGGUCCACAUGGGUCUGGCGGCCAGUGCUAAAGAACUGAAGAAACAGAAGAAAGGAACCCAGAUUGUUCUGUGGACUGAGGAGCAGGAGGAGGAGCUGCAGAUGCUCCACGAGGAGUACAAAGACUCUGAUGAUGUGCUGGGUGACAUCCUGAAGAAGCUCACAGCCAAGCGCUCCCGUGCCCGUGUGGUGGACAAACUGCUCAGUAUGGGCUUAGUGUCGGACAGAAGAGAACUCUAUAAGAAGAGGAGUCGCGGCGCUCCAGGGAAGAGCUCUGGGAAGAGAAUGACUGAAGAAGAUUUCCUAAACGAACUAACACAAGGGUUCCCGGAUGAUCCAGUGGACAGAGAUGAUGAGGAAGAGGAUGAGUCUGAAGAAAGUGAGGAAGAUGAAGAGCAAGAUAGGGAAACAUCACAAAAUAGAGGAAGGAAGAGCCAAAGCCUGAACUCGUCAGUGGAGAGGAGACCUGAUGUAGGCAACAUGGUGAAUACACUACAACAGGAAGGCAUGUCUGCUCCCUUGUUGUGGCUACAGAAUCGUCUUAUCAAAACGGCAGAAGACCGUGAAGAAGACGGUUUGUCCCAGCCUGUGCCAAUUGUACCUCUGAACGAGGAAAAUGAAGACGCAAUGGACAAAAAGAGCUUCCAGAAGCUGCUGCGAAAACUGGGUCUUCGAGCACCUGAAAAUGAACAGGAGACAUUUUGGAGGAUCCCAGCAAAGAUCAGUGUGUCCCAGCUGCGGAGUGCGGCUGCAGCUCUUAGUCCAAGAGAGGAGGAACCUACAGGAGGAGAGGAGCAGGACGGCUCCAGAAGUCCAGCCAGAGAAUCUGAGAAGGAAGAUGAGAUGGAAAAAGAUAAGGAGCAAGAGAAGGAGAAGGAGAAGGACAAGAAGGGGGUCUCAGGGGAACAGAGGGCUGAGGCUCUGAAAGCUCUGCUGCUCAAACGCAAGAGGAAACGCCAAACCUCCGAGCAGACGGAUUUCACUCCUGCUGAGGAUACAGAAAGUACACCUGAGAGGUCCCAGGAAAAUACCUCAACUAAGAGAAGCAAACGCAGAGUGUUGGACGACGACAGCGAUGAUGAUGAUGAUGAAGAUGAGAAAGAAAAUGACUCCACCACUGCAAUGGAUAUUGAAACCAACGGGGAUGCAGAUUCAGACAAGGAGGAUAUCUCUGCUCCUGUGAAGCGUAGACGGAAGAUGGUCUUAAGUGAUGACGAUGAGGACGAUGAAGAUUAGUAACUUUCUUUAAUGGACUUUAGAAACUGCAGACAGGGGAGAGAUAAAAGGCCUUCACUUUACUUAGAGCUGAAUACAGCCCUCUGGAGGCUCUGCAGUCCAGACAAGGGAAACUAUUAAUGAAAUACCUAAUAACCCAAAGCAAAAGGCCCUUUAGACUGGUGGAUACAUGGAGCUUAGUAGGCGUUUUGUCAUUUCUUUGUUGAGCUUUCUUAUUGCAUGUUUGUAGUUAUGAUCGUUCAUCAGCCUUUGUUGUUAGUCAUCCUUUUUCUCUUAGUAUUCUCAGUAUGGACAUAGAUGUUGCUGUCAGAGAAAAUGUGCAUCACAGGUUUUCGUAACUUAAUAAUAAUGUGUUUGAUCUGAAAGUUUAAGGUUAAUUGUUGCAAUAUUUAGUUAAAAUUGCCUCUUGCAUUUGUAUUCCGGUCAUUUUCAAUGUCAACUUCGGUAUUUAAGAUUUACAUGCAUUUCUAUUUGAUAAUAAAAAAAGAAUGCUGUGGCUCACUGGCAGCUUUUGUUUUGUCA